ACACACGCUGAGUCAGUUACAAAGUCUUAAUGCCUGACAUUCAACAGAGGGCUUUAACAUCUUGAGGUUUGCUCUAUGGUUUCUCACUUGCAGUCGGUCUGUAGCCUCAACUGUUUGGCUGAAAGCCUCGACAGCAUGAGCAUGUCAGGCCUCCUCAACCUCAGCAGCCUGGGCAAGAUCUGCGGCUCCAGCAAUGAAAUGGUUGUUUUGGACCGGGUCAAGAGGAAGAACUCCGUCAGGCGAAUGUCAAUCAUUGAAGAUGGUGAAAUAGCAGAGGUUCUCUACCUUAUUCCCAAACAGUCCAUGAUGGAGCAGCUGCCGUUCCUCAACCCCAACGACUACAUCCUGUGUGAAAAGUUGGCCAGUAUACCUGCAGAGAUGUCAGUGCUACAUACUCCAAAUGGCUGCCACCCAAGUCCUUCCGGGGGGAAGCGGAUCACCCAGUGCUUCAGAUGUGGGCAGUCAUGCAAGGGAGAGGUGCUGCGAGUCCAGAGCAGCCAUUUCCACAUUAAGUGCUUUACCUGCAAGGUGUGUGGCUGUGACUUGGCUCAGAGUGGCUUCUUCAUGAAGAAUGGCGACUACCUCUGCCCGCUGGACUUCCAGAGGCUUCACGGCACGCUCUGCAACAACUGUGGGGAAUUUGUGGAGGGAGAGGUGGUAACAGUCCUGGGGAAGACCUACCACCCAGCCUGCUUUGUGUGCACCCUUUGCAAACAGGCCUUUCCUGCUGGGGACUGUGUCACCUUCAGUGGAAAAGACUGCCUCUGUCAGCACUGUAUUCGACCUGUGUCUCCUACUCCUAACGACAUCAGAUAUCCCAGUAACUGCUCUGGCUGUGGUAGAGACAUCAAGAAUGGCCAGGCUCUGUUAGCCCUAGGUGGCCAGUGGCACCUUGGCUGCUUCAAGUGUAAAGCCUGCAGGAGAGUGCUGAGCGGAGAAUAUAUCAGCAAGGAUGGCGUUCCCUACUGUGAGAGGGACUACCAGAUCCAGUUUGGGGUACAGUGUGAAGCAUGUCAGAAGUUUAUCACUGGAAAAGUUCUCGAGGCAGGGGACAAACAUUAUCAUCCCACCUGUGCAAGAUGCAGCCGAUGUGACGAAAUGUUCAAAGAAGGUGAAGAAAUGUAUCUGCAAGGAUCCACAGUUUGGCACCCGGACUGCAGAGACAGCAGCAGAACUGAGGACAGUUACAGGAUCAGCAGACCAAAAACACCUUGUCUUGAUUUCUUUUUCCCCCCACAUGAACUGAAGGUUAAUACUGUGACCGGGCUUGCCUUUGGAACUGGUGUUUUUUCUAGACCCACUAGAUCCUCAUCUGAAAGCUCCUGUUCCAGACCGGGCUCAUGCACUCCAGGGAGUCCUGGUCGAACUAUCUGCGCAAAAGUAGAUAAUGAGAUCAUUGAUUACCGAGACUUAGCGGCAAUUCCCAGAGUCAAGGCUAUAUAUGAUAUAGAGCAUCCUGAUAUGAUAUCUUAUAAGUCUGUGAACGGCAACUCUUCUACUUUGGACAACAAAGGCAACAGACAGGACAGGCAAAGCCCUGCAGAGUCACCAGGGAAUGUAGUUGACACCACAGAGGAGAGUUUUGAAAUGAGAAAGUGCGUACCGAAAUCCACAAGCCACGGCGUUCAUUUGACGUACAAUCGUCAUAGCUACACUCCAACUCUGUCCAGAUCACCACAACACUUCCACCGGCCAGCAGGGUUGACGCCUUCUCCCUCUUUAUUCUCUGGCAACAAUGACACCUGCCCCACUUCACCUUUAAGUCACCACUUUCUCUCUCACACCAAAGAUGAAGGUUUCAACAUGUACAGGAGGCCUCCGAUUUAUAAACAGCAAGAUCCAAAUUCCUCUACAUCCCAAACAUCCUCUUUGCCUGGAUAUGGUCGCAAUGGCCUCAAUCCGCCACAGUCAGCUGAUUUCUCUCAUUACAAUGGCGACAGAUUCCAUGACUUUAAGGUAUGUGAGAAGAAAUGUGAAAUGAGCUCUAUGUGACCUUUAAUCUCCCUGGUCAUGCUCCCUUUCUCUGUUUGGUUUAAAGGACUGAGGUCACCUCACUUUCUGCAUGUUUAAUGAAGUAUACAUUCAACUCAAUUUCAAUUCAAAGCUGGACCUGCAGAUCUUCUUCUGAAAUAUAUACACAAUUCAUAACAUUAUAAUAUAUAAUACUUGCAGUCAUUUGGCUUUUAGCUUUGAAGUGACUAAUCUUGCCAUGACAUUUUCCCAUUGCAUGUGUUUGCUUCAUUCUGUAGCUCAUCCAUGACAG